AAACUACACUUCCCAAGGGGCAGCGCGGCACGUCACAGAGCAAGGACGGCGCAUGCGUAGCGAGAUCCUCCGCUUUGCGACUAAGAUCCUAAAAGGGGAAAAAAGCCUGUGGUUCUCGACGCACGAGAGCCUUCGAACACGAGCGCGUUUUCAUUCACAGACUUUAAGAAGCGUUCCAGGGACGCGCCCGGCCCACCGUAGCAAUUUCCAGCGUGACGUGCUUGUUCCGCCCGUGGCGCGACACCCCCCUAAACGAUGGCCCUUGUAUCUGCUGAUUCCAGAAUUGCAGAACUUCUCACAGAGCUCCAUCAGCUGAUCAAACAAACCCAGGAAGAGCGUUCACGGAGCGAGCACAACUUAGUGAACAUCCAGAAGACCCAUGAACGGAUGCAGACAGAGAACAAGAUCUCUCCCUACUACCGGACCAAGCUGCGUGGCCUGUACACGACCGCCAAGGCCGAUGCAGAGGCCGAGUGCAACAUCCUCCGGAAAGCCCUCGACAAAAUAGCAGAAAUCAAGUCUCUGUUGGAAGAGAGGCGGAUUGCGGCCAAGAUCGCAGGCCUGUACAAUGACUCAGAGCCCCCGCGGAAGACCAUGCGCCGGGGGGUGCUGAUGACCCUGCUGCAGCAGUCGGCCAUGACCCUGCCCCUGUGGAUCGGGAAGCCUGGUGACAAGCCCCCGCCCCUGUGUGGGGCCAUUCCAGCCUCUGGGGACUACGUGGCCAAACCCGGGGACAAGGUGGCUGCCCGGGUGAAGGCCGUAGAUGGGGAUGAGCAGUGGAUCCUGGCCGAGGUGGUCAGUUACAGUCAUGCCACCAACAAGUAUGAGGUAGAUGACAUCGAUGAAGAAGGCAAAGAGAGACACACCCUGAGCCGGCGGCGGAUCAUCCCCCUGCCCCAGUGGAAGGCCAACCCUGAGACGGACCCUGAAGCCUUAUUCCAGAAGGAGCAGCUUGUGCUGGCCCUGUACCCCCAGACCACCUGCUUCUACCGUGCCCUGAUCCACACACCCCCACAAAGGCCCCAGGAUGACUAUUCAGUCCUGUUUGAAGAUACCUCCUACGCAGAUGGCUACUCCCCCCCGCUCAAUGUGGCCCAGAGGUACGUGGUGGCGUGCAAGGAGCCCAAGAAGAAGUGAAGCAAGCUGGCAGACGAGCUCUCCCGCCACCUUCCAGGCAGAAUGCAACAGGUUUUGUGAUUAAUAAAUAUUCUGCCCCUCA